AUGUUUGUUGUUCCUAAACAGUGGAAGACCAGCAAGACCGUGUUGUUGUAUGAAAAGGGAGAUCCACAUGACAUCGGCAACUAUCGUCCAAUCUGCCUACUGUCCGUCAUCUACAAGCUCUUUACAAGAGCAAUCCUUAAUAGGAUUGAAAAAGUCUUGGAUGAAGGACAGCCAUGCGAGCAAGCAGGGUUUCGAAAAGGAUUCAGCACGAUUGACCACAUUCACACUGUUUCGAAACUCAUCGAGGUAUCACGAGAGUACAAGAUGCCGCUCUGUCUCACCUUCAUCGACUUGAAAAAGGCCUUCGACUCAGUUGAGACGGAAGCGGUCGUGGAAGCCUUGGACAACUAA